AUGGAUUUGGAGUCCAAUUCGCAACCCCUUAAGCCGCCACUGACGGAUCAGAAUGUGCAAGAUGCGGAGGAUCUCGCCGCCCUCGGCCACUCCCAGGCCCUAACGAGGAAAUUCGAUAUGUGGAGUAUGCUUGCGCUGGCCUUUUGUGUGCUAGGAACCUACUCGACCUUCGCCCAAGAUCUCAGCAGUGGUCUGACCAAUGGUGGUGCCAUCACUAUCCUCUGGGGUCUAGUGCUGGUCACAGCAUGCAAUCUUUGCGUUGCGCUUUCGCUGGGAGAGUUGACCAGCAGCAUGCCCACGGCUCUCGGCCAGGCGUACUGGGUAUAUCGACUAUGGAGUACACCGCUGGGUCGAUUCGUCUCGUAUAUGUGCGCUUGGAUCAAUACAUUCGGAUGGUGGACCUUGACUGCGUCGCAGGUAGCCUUCAUGACUGAGUUCCUGCUCGGCAUGAAGACCAUGUUCAAGCCCGAAUGGGAUGGAGUCAACAAAGGCUGGCUCAACUUCAUUGUGUACGUUGGCGUGGUCCUUUUUCUGACUUUCGUCAAUGUUGUCAGUUGCCGCAAGGAGAAGAUUUUACCCUGGAUCAACAACUUCGUCGGAGUGUGGUUCUUCGGCCUGUUUAUUGUGCUCUCUCUUGUGCUGCUGAUCUCGGUCGGAACCAAGAGCGACUUGUCCUUCCAGCCUGCUUCGUUUGCUUUCGGUGUUUGGAUGAAUAACACUGGCUGGGGAGAUGGUGUGGUUUGGUUCACCGGGUUGGUCCAGGCAGCUUACGGAUUGACGGCGUUCGAUUCGGUCAUCCAUAUGGUCGAGGAGAUCCCCGCACCUAGGAAGAAUGCGCCCAAGAUUAUCUGGAUGGCUGUUCUGUUCGGCGCCGUAACCGGUUUCAUCUUUAUGGUGGUCUGCCUAUUCUGCAUUCAGAAUGUGGAAAAUGUUGUCAACGCCGACCUACCAUUUAUGGAACUGAUGGUUGAGACCGUUGGGCUCAAAGGCGCCGCAGCACUUAUUGCACUGUUUAUUUUCAACGGCUUAGGCCAGGGUAUCAGUAUUCUCACCACAGCCUCCCGUUUGACCUGGGGCUUUGCCCGUGACGGUGGCAUCCCUUGGAGCAACUACUUCAGUCAUGUCGACCCUGUGUGGCAAGUUCCUGCUCGAUCUCUCUGGGGUCAGAGCGUCAUUAUCGGCAUCGUUGGUGUCCUUUAUCUGUUCUCCGACACCGUCCUUGGGGCCAUUCUCAGCGUCAGCACCGUCGCACUGACCGUGUCGUACGCGAUGCCCAUCCUGGCCUUGCUCGUGACCGGACGCGAGAAAUUGCCUCCGGGUCCGUUCAAGCUCGGUCGCGCUGGGCCGUGGUUGAACUGGGUCAGCAUCUUCUACUGUAUCAUCACCACCAUUUUCUUCCUAUUCCCGGAGACUCCGAAUCCCACAGCCAGUGAUAUGAACUUUGCUAUUGCAGUCUUCGGUGUUAUGUUAGUUAUUGCGGUCACAUUCUGGUUUAUCAAGGGUAGCCGGACCUAUCUUCAAACUGAAGAUGCUAUUGCCUCGAUGGUCUACGCGCACCAUUUGGAAGUGAAUGAUUCUGGGGCAGGUGACCAUGGAACAGUCGUUCAAGAUCGGGUCAUUGCUGCAGAGAAGUGA